CUAGAAAGAUGAAUAUCGAGAAUAAAAGAAAGACAAAUCAUAUAAGUACUGAUCUUGUGUAUAUGAAUCCUGUAAAUCUUGUGAAUAUAAAUCUUGAAGGUAUGAAUCUUGCAAAUAUGAAUCUUAAAGAUAUAAAUCUUAAGAAUACAAAUCUUGAGAGUAUAGAUUCUAAGAAUAUAAAUCUUGAGGAUACAGGUUCUGAGAAUACAAAUCUUGAGAGUAUAGAUUUUGAGAAUAUGGGUUUUGAAGGUCUUAAAAAUAGAAUUCCUGAGAAUAGUCUUAAAAAUAUAAAUCUGAAGGGUAUGAAUUAUGCAAGAAUGAAUUAUAGAAAUUAUAGAAAGAUGAAUUAUAGAGAUCAUAGAGGAAUUGAUCAUGAGUGA